ACCAUGAGAGAGAAAGACAAGAGUUGAUGGAUUCAAGAUGAGAUCCUUUAGCAUAUUAUGAUAGGCUAUCGCAUCGUGUACAGUACCGCAUUUCCAGCACAACCUCUGCUGGAGGAGGCCGCGGGGCAAGCCCAAGCGACGAUGAACUAUGGGCGACCAGAGGGAAUUAGCGGUGCGACUUCUUGUGGGCGGGCCCCACCGGCUGCCACCCCAGCGGCGAAUCACGGGCGGCAGAGAGGGUGCCGCCAAGGAACGCCCCCUGAAGGAUGGGCGAAGGCCGGUGGACUUUCAGGCUUCGUGGCGCCCGCGACAGCAAAACAGUCGCCUUGAUUUCCAGCCGUCCAUCUGCACUAGUGCUGGGGCCAUGGGGGUACCCCCUAAACUCAUGCCUAAGGCACUCCUCGUUGUCCAAGUUGCGCGCUUUGUUGGGUCAGGGGCAUGAUCUCCAGCGUAAUCUCCCGGUUGCUACAAAAGUUGGCGGUCGUCCCCUGGUGUUUCGUGUUUCCUUUCUUUUUGUUCCGUUUCUUCCUCAUCCACACUGAUCUUUUUUUAUCCCUCAAGCAUAUCGCUUGCAGCUUUUUUUUUCGACUUCGGUCGCCGACACUCUUUUAUCCAACUAAUAUCACUCUCUUUUUUAUUUACCGCGCAAAUCGCGAUAAUCCACCCUUCUACACCUUUUUUCGCCGUUUUCUCCAGUUGAAAGUUUGAUACUUUUAAUCAGUCACAAUGCGUUUCACUGCUGCUUCCGUCGCUCUCUUCGCAGGCGCUGCCCUUGCCCUCCCCGGUUACGAGCAGACCGUCUAUUCCACGCGCGAGGUCAUCGUCACCGACUGCGGUCCUGAGGUCACUGACUGCCCCGGAAACAACCCUGUUCCCACCGGCACUGGCAUUCCUCAAGAGCCCGCCCCAACCGAGUACUCUACUCGCUACAUCACCGUGACCGACUGCGGCCCUGAGGUCACCGACUGCCCAGCUGAGUCCACUCGCACUGAGACUCUCGUUCCAACCGGCAGCGACGACAGCCCAACCGUCCCAACUGAGAACCCCCCAUACCCAACCGGCGGCAACCCAGGCCCAAGCACCUCCAUUGUCACUUACACCACUUGCAUCCCAACUACGACCACCUCUGUCGUCACCCUCCAGCCUCCGGUCGUCCCAACUGGUGGCGUGCCAACCGGUGGCGUCCCAUCUCAGCCAACUUGGCAACCAACCGGCGGUGUUCCCUCUGCCCCAAGCGGCUCUGGCGUUCCCCCACCACCAAAGGGCACCACUACUCCCCCACCAUUUGAGGGUGCUGCCAGCACCUUCGGUGGCUCCUUCGCCGUCGCUGGUCUCGCUGCCAUUGCUGCCGUUCUCUUCGCGUAGAUUUCUUUUCGUUGACGAUACCCACGAUCUGUUCCAUUGAUACCCCCUGUCGUCAUGUUUGCAACAUCAGGACGUUGGGCGUGCUAUUGGAGCAUUCUCUCUGGGCUUUUGAGGCGAGGAGGUUGAACGGGGUUGGGUAAACGGCGGUGGAUGUCCCCAGCUUCGCUGGCGGUUGACUUCGGAGACAUUGUCAAAGUAUCUUCUCAGGCGUCGAUCUCUAGCAGAGAGCGCACGUGCUGCUUUCAACUGUGGAUAUCUAUUUACUCAAGAAGACAAAUUGCCCUUUUUUCCCAUCUCGAAAGCUCGGCGGCCCCCCGUUCGUGCUUCCGUCGAACCGUUUUUGGCUGAUGUCCUUUUUUCUUUUUUCUUUUUUCUUAACAUGUAACAAUGCCUUGCUUGAAGAAAUAUGAGUAUAAUUUUUCUUUUUUCCCUUUCGCUUUGAGGUCUGGCCCUGUGCAUCGACACGAUGGGAAGGCUUGCCAGUGAUGAAUCUUUUAAAGAUACCUUUAGUAA